AUGGUUUCUCAACUAAACUUUAUUUCAAUAAUACUGCUUAUUGGUACGAUUACUAAUGCUCUACCGAUCUUCCAUAGAAAACAAAUUGUGACAAGGAUACACACCGCUAGUACAACGAAUACAAUCACUGACGUUUACUCUACUACAACUGAAGUUAUCGUUGCUCCAACAGUGGAGUUUAUUAUCAGUGGUGAUGUUACUUUAACAACCACUAUAGUUCCAGAAGGUGUAAAUCCAACUGCUGAACCAACAACAACAAUCACCAAAGUUUUGAAGAAAAUGGUUACUCUUCCUGCCGAUCCCACAACCUCCACGUUACAACCCACUACCGCCACAACCCAACCAAGUACAACGCGCCAAGCUCAAGAUAGCCCAAACGUUGUUGCCACAUCUGCUACUUUGAACCAUAAUCAUGCUGCAAAUGCAGACCCAUCAUCUAUAAUGUUAACUGUGUCUUCUUUCAAUGCUCAACAAGAUGCAAACAACCAACAAAACGCACAGGCUGCCACAACCACUUUACAACCUCAAACUACCACUUCAACCACCUCUUCUACUUCUACAUCCUCUACGACUUCUACAUCUACGACCGCACAACAAACCACAACUGCAGCUAACAACGCUGCCAUUAAAGGUGUCCCAACCGCAUUAGCUUAUUCUCCAUACAACGAUGACGGUUCUUGUAAGUCAGCUGAUCAAGUAUCCUCAGACUUAACAACAUUGAAGAAUAAAGGUGUUAGUAAAAUCCGUAUCUAUGGUACCGAUUGUAACUCUCUCGAAACUGUCCAACCUGCCGCUAAACAGUUAGGUCUAACUAUUAAUCAAGGUCUAUGGAUUGAUGCAACUGGUGUUGACUCUCUAGAUUCUGGUCUUCAAUUAUUAAUUUCAUAUGGUCAAUCUAGUGGCUGGGAAGUUUUUGAUUUUAUCACUAUUGGUAAUGAAGCAAUUAACUCCGGAUAUUGUUCUGUUUCCGAUUUGAUUGCCAAGAUUUCCUCAGUAAAAGCACAAUUACAAGCUGCUGGUUAUUCAGGUCAAGUUACCACAAGUGAACCUCCUGUUACAUUUGAAAAUAGUCCAGAAUUGUGUACCUCCUCUGAAAUUGAUUUCGUUGGUAUUAAUCCACAUGCUUACUUUGAUACUUCUGCUAGUGCUCAAAGUGCGGGUUCUUUUGUUAAGGGUCAAGUUGAACUAAUUCAGCAAACAUGUGGUACUUCCAAUGUUGUGGUUACUGAGACUGGUUAUCCAUCUGCAGGUAUUCAGAAUGGCUCUAACAUCCCCUCCCCAGAGAACCAAAUUAUUGCUGUCCAAAACAUCUUAGAUGAAUUAGAACAAGACAUCACAAUUCUAUCAUUUACUAAUGAUUACUGGAAGAACCCAGGUCCAUAUGGUAUUGAACAAUCAUUUGGUAUUGAACAAUACUUGUCAUAA